AGCAGAGAUACCAACUAUAGCUCCAUGGCCAGAAGGUACCAGCAGCUUUGCUUUUACUGAAAUUUCAACUGAGAAAGGUCCACAGCACAAUGAGGCUUUUCACAGGCAUUGUUUUCUGCUCCUUGGUCAUGGGAGUCACCAGUGAAAACUGGUAUUCGUUUUUCAAGGAGGCUGUCCAAGGGGUUGGGGACUUGGGCAGAGCCUAUUGGAAUGUGUUGACAUCCAGUAACCAAAAUUCAAACAGAUAUUUCUAUGCUCAGGGAAACUAUGAUGCUGCCCAAAGAGGACCUGGGGGUGUCUGGGCUGCUAAACUGAUCAGCAGUACCAGGGUCUAUCUUCAGAGAUUUUUAGACUAUUAUUUGUAUGGAAACAGCAGCACUGUAUUGGAGGACUCGAAGUCCAAUGAGAAAGCUGAGGAAUGGGGCCGGAGUGGCAAAGACCCUGAUCGCUUCAGACCUGACGGCAUGCCUAAGAACUACUGAGCUUCCUGCUCCUCUGCUCUCAGGGGACUGGGCUACCAGCCACACACUUCUCCCCCCAGACAGGGACACAGGUUCGCUGAGCUUUGUGUCCCCAGGAACUGGGAUAGGGCACCUAGAGGUGUUCAAUAAAUGUGUGUCAAA